ACCAACAUACCUUCUUGACCACGCUCCUACCGUGUUACCAUGUCAAUUUAAUAUCACAGAGAAGUUCUUCUAAAGCAAUAACUAUUCUCUACAUCAAUUACACUUUCAGAUGAUGUCGGCAGCCAAUCGGAGAUUCGUGAUAUCUCAUCUUAGCCCCGAUUACCUCAUCCAUGAAUUUGCGACCAAGCACGAAGAGCCUCGGUGACAUCGUCCAUCGCCACACCACACACAUUCAACUAUGUUUUCAAGACGUGCUAUUCCUCAGGCCUUCCGCGCCGCCACCCGCGCAACAUCCGUUCGCACCGCCCCAAGCGCACGCUUCCUCACACCCUUCCAAAUCCGAUGCCUUUCCGACGAAGUCCGUAGCGCAAUUGACCGCGCAGUCGCAUCCUCGCCCGUAGUACUGUUCAUGAAGGGCACCCCAGAGACACCACAGUGCGGGUUCUCGAGGGCGAGCAUACAGAUUCUGGGUAUGCAGGGUGUGGACCCAGACAAGUUCACAGCAUUCAACGUGCUCGAGGACCAGGAAUUGAGGGCUGGAAUCAAGGAGUACUCCGAGUGGCCCACGAUACCUCAGCUCUACGUCGAGAAAGAGUUCAUCGGCGGUUGCGAUAUUCUUAUGACCAUGCAUCAGGAUGGUUCGCUGGCGAAGAUGCUUGAGGAGAAGGGCGUUGUUGUGCCUGCUGAGAGCGAGCAGAAGUAA